AGAACAUGGAUUACCAGUAUUGGAUAAGAUUACCUCGACUAAUUCACACCCUUGAUUCGUAAGAGACAGGGUAAGGAAAACAGAAUCUAUGUUCAACAGUAGAGACAAUGUUCCUAAAAGAGACCAUGUGAGACCUUACGUAACCCUCCGAGUGCUAGGCGGCUCGUCCGACGUUUGCUCCUCCCAUUAGACUUCCGAGCCCCGUUUUCCUUCGGGCGUGCGGUGGCAACGUAGCCAAGCCCGGGAUCCACUUCUCAGACACCCCGGCCAGGAGCAUCCAUCAGGCAACCGCCGCCGUAGCCAUCCGCACCAUCACCACCACCACCACCCCCACCACCACCAGCAGCCCCACUACUACUUCUAGCAGCCAGCCAGCCCGCCGCCGCCAAUAUGGGAGAACAAGCCAUAACAACAGUGACGUCCCCCGAGUCGCAGACCACGAACAACGCGGCAGAUGGCGGGGAGGAGAAUCCCGACGGGGGUCCCAAGGAGAUGCUGCCGCUGGCCACCUUCAAACCGUUCACGAAGAUGUCCUAUCAGCGACUGGUGGAGCGGGAGCAGCACCUCAAGGAGCGCGCCGCGGAGAAGGCCAAGUACGCUCACGAGGCUCACCUGGUGGAUGGCGAGCUCAAGUUCGGCAUGGACGACGACGAGGAAGAGUUGCCUCCCGAAAACGCUGACCUGCGGGAAGGCUGCCUUCUUACCAAAGCCUAUGGCAGGUUUCCUUUACGGUUGCUGGGGAAACCCAUUGAGGAGAUCGACCCUGGUAUCCAAGAUAAGACAUUCGUGGUGAUCUCUCGGCGCUUCAGCAAACGUUACAUCAACCGGUUCUCGGCGACCAAGUCCCUCUUCCUGCUGACGCCCUGGAACGGGCUGCGGAGGCUGGGCUUGUAUGUUGCCACCAAUCAGAUCUUCGAUAUGUUUAUCUUCCUGACCAUCAUCACCAACUGUGUCUUCCUUGCCAUGCCGACUCUAUCCAUAGCAGAACAAGUCGAGUACUUGUUUUUAGCCAUCUACACCCUGGAGUGCAUUGUCAAAGUGAUAAGCAGGGGAUUUUGUCUGAACAAACACACUUACCUGAGGGACCCUUGGAACUGGUUGGACUUUGUGGUCAUCUUAACUGCAUUUUUAACAAUUCUGGUUCAAGUUGCGGAUCCUUCGGUCACUGUAGGGAAUCUUCAAGGUCUCCGGACAUUCCGAGUCCUAAGAGCCCUGAAAACUGUUUCCAUUGUGCCUGGGUUGAAAACUAUUGUAAAUGCUUUGCUUCGAGCUUUCAAGAUGCUAUUUGAAGUCAUAUUGCUGACGAUGUUUUGCCUCAUGGUGUUUGCAAUGUUUGGACUUCAAGUAUAUAUGGGCGUCCUGAGGCAGAAGUGCGUGGCCCAUGUCACUGGCUAUGUGACGAAUCCCUCUCAGAGCUAUGACCAUUACUAUGCUGAGUGGAUUCGGAACUCAGACAACUGGUACCUGUCGGAUGACGAAUAUGUUAUAUGUGGCAACAACAGUGGAUCAGGCACGUGUCCUGACAACUACACGUGCCUGGGCGAUGUGGGGGACAACCCACGCUACGGGUACCUCAACUUUGACCACUUUGGCUGGGCUCUGCUCACGUGUUUCCAGCUGAUCACCCUCGACUUUUGGGAGGAUAUUUACGGGAAGGUGAUUCGAGCGACAGGACCGUGGAAUGUGAUUUACUUUAUCAUUGUCAUAUUCUUUGGGUCCUUUUACCUCAUCAACCUGAUGCUGGCUGUUGUUUCAAUGUCCUAUGAAGAGGAAGCAGCGGACUCCCUCCUGGACCCAGAAAUCGGAGCACUUGAGGGCCAGGUCAUUGACCGCAACUGUGACUGUUGUCAGAGAUUUUGCUGCUGCUACAUCAGUCUGCUCAAGAUGCAGAACGUCUUCUACACGUUUGUCCAGGACCCUCUGUUUGACUUGGUCAUCACGAUCUGUAUCGUCCUGAACACCGUGUUUCUGUCUUUAGAACACCAUAAUCAGGACUCCGGCUUAACGCUCGCUCUCAACAUUUCCAAUUACAUAUUUACUUCGGUGUUCAUCAUUGAAGCAGUGUGUAAGAUUAUCGGCCUGGGCAAGUACUACUUCAUGAGCGGCUGGAACAUCUUUGACCUGAUCAUCGUCAUCGCCAGCGUCCUGGACAUGGGUCUAGAGCAGGUGGACGGGCUCAGCGUUCUCCGGACCUUCCGCUUGCUGAGAGUGUUCAAACUGGCCCAGUCGUGGGCCACCAUGAGACUGUUGCUGACCAUCAUUCUCAGCACUCUCGGGGCCCUCGGUAACCUGUGCAUCAUUCUUGGCAUUGUCAUCUACAUCUUUGCUGUCAUCGGUCUGCAGUUGUUUCGUGAGGAUUACAUCGAUGCCAACUUUGGAGACGACGGAACACCAAGGUGGAAUUUCAAGGACUUCUAUCGAUCGAUGCUGAUGAUAUUCCGAGUUCUGUGUGGGGAAUGGAUUGAGGCAUCUUACCAGUGUAUGAGAGCUAGUAAUGAGCUCUGCAUGGUGGUCUUCUUGCCAGCUUUAGUUUUUGGAAACUUUAUUGUUCUCAACUUGUUCUUGGCCUUGCUGCUCAAUGCGUUUGCCAGUGAUUCUUUAGACAAACAGAGAGAGUCCAGCGUAGAAAGGUCCAAGUUCCUCCAAGGAUUCGACAGACUCCGACAGCUCUGCUGUUGUUGUUGCCCUCGCCCUAAUGGUAAGGUGGAACCCACGACUGACGCAAAUCAAAAUGCAUCUGAAGGCCAGGAAAUGACAGAUAAAUACAACGAAUCGGAUUGUGGACAGUGCUGGCAUAAGUUUCGCUGUGCUGUGAAAAAAGUGGUGGACCACAAAAUCUUCGAGUCGAUUGUACUUCUUGUUAUCCUCGGCAGCAGUCUUACCUUGGCCUUUGAAGACAUCUAUUUAUAUCAAAAGCCAACAAUGGAAGAGGCGCUGAAGUACUGUAAUAUCAUAUUUGCUGCCUUGUUUGCACUGGAAAUGGUUCUAAAAAUCAUUGGACUUGGAGCAACGGAAUAUUUCACUAGUUUCUGGACUUUACUGGAUUUUUUCAUUGUCUGCAUUGUGGUAAAUGCUCUCAUGAAUGCCAUCCCCGCCAUUGUCAACGUCCUCAUGGUGUGCAUGGUAUUUUGGCUCAUAUUCAGCAUCAUGGGCGUUCAGUUCUUCGCCGGAAAGUUUUACAAAUGUGUGAACGUUACCACUGGCGAAAGGAUAAGCCACGUGAUCACCCCAAAUCGAAAUGCCUGUGACAGCACCAGCGGGACAGAGUGGGAGAACUCAAACGUCAACUUCGAUAACUCAAUUGCUGGAUUUCUUGCUUUGUUUCAAGUGGCAACAUUUGAAGGCUGGAUGGAAAUCAUGUCAGAUGCUGCUGACACUACAGAUGUGGAUCAGCAACCCAUACAGGAGAACAGCAGCCUCUCCUACUUGUACUUCGUGGUCUUUAUUGUAUUUGGGGCUUUUUUCUCGCUUAAUCUCUUCAUUGGUGUCAUCAUUGACAACUUCAACGUACUGAAGAAAAAGUAUGAAGGCAGUUACCUUGACGCCUUUUUGACUCAAAGUCAAAGAAAUUACUACAACACCUUGAAGAAGCUGGGCAAGAAGAAACCUCAGAAAACAAUCAAAAGACCAAAGAACCGCUUCCAAUUGUUUUUCUAUGAGUUGGCCAUGAGCAGCAAAUUCGAGCUGGCUGUGGUCCUCCUCAUUUUCUUCAACAUGAUAGUGAUGGCGAUAGAGCACUACAAGGAGCCAGAUUCUGUGAAAGAAGGCUUAGAGAUGAUGAACAUCAUCUUCACCACAGUUUUCACACUGGAAGCUGUUGUGAAAUUAAUUGGACUGCGCCUUCAUUACUUCCGCUUUCUGUGGAAUAUAUUUGAUUUUAUCAUAGUCAUCAUAUCAAUUUUGGGGAUCAUACUGAGUGAUGUCUUGUCUGGCAUUUUCGUCACUCCCACUCUCCUCCGAAUCAUCAGGGUCUUCAGGAUUGGACGAGUUCUGCGCCUUAUCAAGGCCGCAAAAGGCAUUCGAAAACUGCUUUUUGCUCUCAUUAUUUCUCUGCCAGCCAUUUUCAACAUCGGAGCUUUGCUGUUCCUGGUGAUGUACAUGUAUGCUAUCAUAGGCAUGUCAUCGUUUGGAAAUGUGAAAAUAAAUGGCGUAUUUGAUGAAGUUGUGAACUUCCAGACUUUUGGAAACAGUUUCAUGCUUCUCCUGCGGCUAGCUACUGCAGCUGGUUGGAAUGAUGUGUUGGAGGCUCUGCUCAUUAAAACUCCUUACUGCAACCCGGAUUACUACACUCAGCCCGACGGUGUCCUGGUGGCUUCCAGCUCAGGGGACUGCGGCAUUCCUUACCUCGCUAUACCCUUCAUGGUGACUUACAUCAUCAUCGUGUGGCUCAUUGUGAUCAACAUGUACAUAGCUAUUAUUUUAGAAAAUUUCAACCAAGCUCACGAGCAGGAGGAACUAGGCAUCACGGAGGACGACUUCGACAUGUUUUACGUGGUGUGGGAGAAGUACGACCCUCACGCUACUCAGUUUAUCAAGUACGAACAGCUUGCAGACUUUGUAGGUGAGCUGGAUCAGCCCUUACAAAUUCCAAAGCCAAACGAAAUAGCUUUGGUAUCAUUUAAUCUUCCUAUCAUGGAAGGGGAAAAGAUACAUUGCCUGGACAUCUUGAUAGCUCUGGUGAGGAAUGUGCUUGCCGAUGUUGAGGAGACUGAAGAACUGAAAACCCUGAAGGAACAAAUGGAGGCAAAAUUUGCCCAGAACUUUCCCUCCAGGGUCAACAUCACGGUCAAGUCGAGCACGCUCCAGAGAAAGAAAGAAGACGUGGCAGCGCGCACUCUACAGAGGGCAUGGAGAAGCUUCAAAGCUCAGAAAGCUAUGCGGAAUAUCACCGCUUUGGCUGUACAACAAAAGCUUCGCCGUGCCAGCGCUGUGGGUCUCCGCACACGAUCAGACGUCAUGCGAAAUCUGGGGAACCGGCUCAGUAACGCCCUCAACCAGUUCUUUUCUUCCAGAAAGAUUGCGACACCGUCGCCUUUCUCGUCCACGACAAACCUACAAGAGACAAAACUAAGUAAGCAGCCCAAAAUCGGGCAGCAUUUGAAAGUGCCUCAGGUUUUCACUUUGUAUCCCGGAGACAAGUCACAAAACCAGACUCUAGAUUUAUGAUGUAAAGAAGCAAACUGGCAAUGAAAAAGGACUCAUCAUUGAAGACUUCCUUGAAGAGAAAUUCAUUUGAGUCUAUUUACUUCAAAGGGACUGUCUACCGAAUGGAUUUGGACAUUUUAAAGAACUGUUCUUGGGUUUAAGUGCAUAGCAUUUCCCGCGAGAUCUACUUGUGUUUGGUGAAUUCCUGUGACAUGCUGGGUGAAAAGUGUGGGUUUUGUGGAAACCAAGAGUAUCUGAGAAAAGUGACAGGGAUUUUUUAAUAUUGACUAUAGCGAUUUGUCAGCAGUAUUUCAGUCAAGGACAAGAACAAUUUAAUGCAUUGUGAUUGUCCUCUUUCUUUAUCCCAUGCAGCUGCGGAGUUUUUCCACCUUCCUAACAAUGUCAUGUUUUUGUCUCUUGAAUGUAUUCGUAUUUAAGUGAGCCUAAACCUGACUGUUUUGAUUUUCUUGUAUAUGUAUGAAAUAUUUGGAUUUGUUUGUUGAUAUGUUUGUUACAAAAUCAAAGAAACUGUACCUAGUAUAAAUACUCAAUGAGCAAUAUCUGUUUGGCUGGACCAUUCCAUUUCUUAUUUCAUGUAGAAUCGGUUUAUGGCCUUGUCGGGUGGAAAAGGCAUUUAGCCAAAGCAAGUUUUUUCUUCUUCUCAUAUUUUCUGUUAGAAUGGGUUUUUUUAAAGGAAUAAGAGCAACAGGCCUCUAAAGUACUCAACAGUUUGCUUUACAAUAAUUAAUGUAUAGGCUUUGGGAGUAAAACGUGCUGCAAAUCAUUUUGCUCUCCAUGGAGAAAAUAAAAUCUGCCGAUAAAUGACAAUCUGCUCUGAAGUCAGAUCUUAGCUGAAGUGAUUCUAGUUGGGUUUUUAUGACCCGCCGAGGGUCUGACGAAUGUGGUAACAUAUCGUGCACUGAAAUUCCCAUUCAGUUCAAAUGGUUCAGAGAUGUAAACAGUUACAUGCCUCAGUGUUACACUAAAUUGGUACAUAUUAUGUACAAAUGUAUUAUGCUUACCGGCCAGGGUUGUUUCAUUCCCGCAAAGGACUCGCCCAUCAUUUGAAAAUGGGCAUGUGAUAACUGAUAUGUCACACAGGCUUGAGCUAGUGAGUGUAUCUGUUCUGAGGGACAUUUGUCUGCAACUCUUGGCAUGUGCCCUUUGCCCUCUGACUCUAACCCCCGACAGCACCAGUGUCAAGCAGGUGUAUUGAUAUUGAUAUUGCGAACUAGAGCUUAUUGAAUGAUUGACUGGUCACUUUUCAUGUCAACAGGAUCAUGAUCUCAAAUGGUCAGUCUUUAUUGAAUUACAUUAACUGUGAUAAACAAACUGUUAAACUGGAAAAAUGUAAUGACUCUUGAGAGCUGUUUUAUUGGUAACCGGUCAUUUCGCCCCACGGUCAUCUCGUUGUAUUCCCGCCAAAGACUCUCAGUUACUUGAGCAAGGAGAGCUGUCGACAAUAGGAUUGAAUGUUGCAGCGGUCGGUUAAACCUUCUUGGAUAUGUUUCUUCUCUAAGUUUACUACUGCAGGGCUAGGGGAAUGCAAAGGGAGACUAGAUCUAGAUGAACUAUUAAAAAAAAGACCAUAUUUCUCCGAAUGUUCGUAAUUACCAAAGAUACAAUCAAAACCCAGUUAUUUUUGUCACUCAGACAAACAUGUGGGCAUUAUAAUUUCGUAUUUCAAAAGCUGAUCUAUGAUGUAAGAAAUGACCAAAGGCAACACUACCAUCAUUUAGUGUUCCUGAUGACUGAAUCUUUCUGAAAUAAGGAAAUUGUGCUUAUUACGCGAAAGUAUAAAUGGCGUUUCCUUUGCGAGUCAAAUCCUAUAUAAUUAAUGUGAUCACGAGUGAACAUAAAGCGUACAUUGUCUUUAAGUUUGUGCUCAUGCCACACCGUCUCUGGACUUCCAAGUUUUGGAAACUCACUUUUCCCUUGAAUUUUUGAGUUGUGUUGUGGGGCAUUUGUAUAUUUUUGUUGUUUUUAUUUUCGUUUACUA